UCAUCGUAGCUUCGACAUCUCUGCCUCUGGUCAAAUAAGACCACCUUCUCUUUCGAUCUCUAUUUAAACAAACGACUUUGCCUGAUUAGUACAUCAAUCUCUAACUCAUAGAUCUCAAGACAACAACAAAAAAGGUCAACGGACAAAUAAUUAUUGUAUGGAAGGAAGCUUUCAAGGCAUGCUAAUGAACGUGAGCAUUUUUGCUCUGAUUCAAGCUCUUGUGUAUCUCAUACUCUCUAAAUCUUCGAGUGUUUUCUCUACGUCAAAGACGAUGAAGAGAGCUAACAGUUUCCGGUCAGCGAGAUCCAUCAGCAUCCGUAGGAUUCUGGCUACUCUUCAAGACAUGCCUGCAGGCGGCGAGAUGUCUCCUUCUUCCAUGGGAUCCUCUUCUCUUGUCUCCCCUUCAUCAUCACCAUCGUAAAGCUACAUGUAUAUGAAUCCUAUGAUUCAGUAUUUGUUGGUGAAUCCGGUGGAUGAAGUUUUUUUUGUUUGUUAGAUAAUUUUCAAUUCUUUUUUUAUUUGUAGUAUCAUUCAAAUUCAUUAAUGAACUAAUAUACUAUAUACAACUGGCUCUGUGUCUUACAAAUUCUGUAUUCAUAAUUAAAACCGUUUAAAUGUACUCUUUUUCUGCUA